GAGAGGAUUUGUGCGCAGAGCUGUGCUGCUGUAGGCCUGGAAAUGGGUCCCACGGCUGACUCCUCAAUGAAGACCAAUCGGUGGCCAGGAUUGUAAAUGAGAGAGAAAGGGAGAGAGAGGGGGGAAGGAAAACUUUUCUUUCUUUUUUUCGACAGAAGGAGGGGUGUUGUGGGGAAAUGCUCGGCGGACCGUGAAGCGUAACAGCAAGGAGAGGGACAAAGACGCGCAUAGCGGGACAAAAUGCGACAGACAGAAACCUCUUCCAACUAAAAAAAACAACAACAUCGGAAUGUGCGGAUGGAUGUUAAAAGUGGUGGAGCUGGGAAGAGAAGUCGAAACCAACAAUGGCAAGAAAGAUGAAUCCAAGUGUACAAACUGAGUUGUGGACAAUAACUGUGGUUAGAGUGCGCGUUAACUUUGGAUAGCCUUGCGGCGCGUUUCAGUGUCCAUCUCAGAUGUGCACCGGUGGCACGGAGCAGACACGGGCUUCACUUUGGAGUAUGAUUUCCCACUUUUGAACGGACAUGCUUCCCAGAAUGACUGUUACUGCGCUGUUUCUUUUUUGCAGCCACGCGUGGAGAUUUCCCUGAGUCAGAUCCUGACUUCCACUGCUACAAAACUCAACAAGAGGAGGCAAACUUAACUUGCGUGCAAGAUUCCGUGGGUGAUUUAUAAAGGACCAAGUGUAUUUUCUUCGACUGCGUUGGUAACUAACUCAUAUAUGUUGCAUGUAUGGAAUACUUAUGAACUCCAGUCUGUGAGAUUCAGCGUUUACAUUGUCCUGAUCCUAAUGUGCUGGUGGAGAAAGUGCACGUCACCGAACUAGAACUCCAUCCAAGCAUGAAAUGUUGGUGCAGCGCCCUGGCACUUCUCCCAUGGGUGCUGGGGCCUUAGAUGCCCAGCUAAUCUGCUGGCAGGCGCUCCUUCGGUGCCACGAGGAGCCCGAGUGCGACCUUGCAUACAGUCAGUACUUAGCAGCUUGUGAAGGUAACAUCAGGGGGACGAGGAGGCAGUGUCCCAGCCACUGCAUCAACGCGCUGAUAAGGCUCAAUCACACCCGCAGCGGGCCGGACCUGGAGACCUGCGACUGCGCACAGGACCUGGAGUGCCUCAGCGCCAAGCGAGCCAUAGAGCCGUGUCUCCCCCGCAGACACCCGAGCGAUGCGGGGGGGAUAGGGUGCAUGGAGGCCCGGCAGCGCUGCGAGGAAGACAGCAACUGCCACACCUCCCUCACGGCCUACUUGUCAUACUGCGGGCAGCUGUUCAAUGGCAGGAAGUGCUCCUCCAAGUGUAAAGCCACCAUUCAGCAGAUGCUGUUCAUCCCAAAUGGCAUGCUGCUCAACCGCUGUGUUUGUGAUGGGGUGGAGAGGCCUUUCUGUGAAGUGGUGAAGGAGAACAUGAGCAAACUUUGCUCCAUAGGAGACCACAUUGUUAUUUCAGACCAACCUGAUGUGGAUGACAUCUAUGAGGAUGAAGACUAUGACCCUAAAAAUGACAGAGAGGAGGUGUAUAUUGAUCAUUCCUCUGCUCCCCAGAGGUUAUCCAGCUGCAUGAUGCUCCUGUUUCUUCCUCUAGCACGGAUAUUGUACUGAGACAAUGGGUACGUGAAGCAUUUGUUGGAUUUAUAAAUGACGGUGUGGAAAAAUCUCUGUUCAUUAGACUCCACCAGGGAGCUCAGAGUCCAGCUGGAGUUGGUAUCAGCGCCUUGAUCAAAUACACUACAGUAUGGAACUGGGCCAGCUUGCUGGCACAGGACUCCAACCCAGGUCUGCUGGACAAGGGAAGCUAUUUUUUCACCCCCAGGCCUCCCUGCUAUUCCAUUUUAGUUGCAGUGCAACAGUGAGCACAGUAGUGAUUAGUGUUUGCUUUCCACAACCGUACAAUUUGCAUAGUAAUUCUUCUUCAAGCACAUCUCACUCAGGAAUCCUGCUUUUUUAAAUUUGUGUUCAGAUCUUCACACAGAUGGCCUUACAGUGCUCUGAGUGAACUGCUCACCUUUUUUUUUUUUACUAAGUUGAAACCUGUCAGCAAAAAUGGCAACAACACUUUUAGGUGAUGAUGAGAGGAGGUGAACCACACCAGACUUUGUUGCGGGGCAUUGCCAAGUUGAGUGCCUUUAAACAGCUCCUGUUUGUUUGGUUUCAAUGGUACUUGGAGUGUGGCUUUAUUAAGACCUUAGACAAACAUUGGACCCAUCCAGUCUCUGUUUGCUCUGCUCUCCAUUUCAGGGGCCUCUGCAUUGUUGCAGCAACCACACUUCAAAUAUUUGUGGGAAUAGUCAAAGGACAGGCGAGGGUGUGGGAUCAAGUACUGAAAUUAACUGAAGCGCCUCUCCAGCACUCUGUCUGGAGCCCUUCCCCCAUGUGAGAUUGUUUUAUUGAACUUUUCCUGAGACACCCCCUACCCCCUCUUCCUCCUCUCUACUGCCUGCCCCCUUUCACGCCUUUAAAAGACCCCUGUCUUUAUUACUGCUUUCACACUGUAGCAACAAGCCAGGAAAGGCUGUGUGUCGCUGGUGUGAAUAGGUCAACAUAUACCUGGAGUUUAUCCUCAACACUGCUCAUGAUGAGAGGUUUAGCUGGUCUGACACAGCUUAGCUGUGAUAUAUGUGAGUGAACACAAUUUUACACAAACUGGUUUGAAUAAAAGUUGUUGCAAAGCACGUUUUAUGGAUAUUAAGGCUUGUCGGACUCAACAUGAGGCCAUAGUCUCCCUCAAUGAAUCUCCAGUGUGGUAACACUGCAGCAGCAACACCAUGAUGAGUGAACAUCGCAGUGUCACAACAGUGUGUGAGCAUCAGCAACAACAUUCUCACCCAUGAGCAGUAGUCUGGCGUGAACGGUCAAACGUGGAUUGAAUGUAUGUCAAAUAUUUUGUGUCACAGUGUUGCUAACUAAACAAGAGGUGUACUAGGCUUCAUGUAGAGUGCUUUUAACGUGCAGGAUGGUCACUAAGUGCUUUCUAAAGGAAUGCACAAAUCCAGAUAAAACAAUUAAAACAAAAAGAUGGAAUUCAAUUAAAAAAUUUCCUGUAUUUUGAA